AUGGAGGAAGAAACUGAGAAGCUAAAGGAGCUACAGAACAAGGUAGAGAAGCAGAUGAAUAUGAGUCUACCUGCAGGCAAUGCUGGCUCAGUGAUCAUGUCCACUGAGGAGAAGAUGGAGGCCGAUUCCUGUUCCAUCUAUGUUGGCAAUGUGGACUAUGGUGCAACAGCAGAAGAGCUGGAAGCACACUUUCAUGGCUGUGGUUCAGUCAACUGUGUUACUAUACUAUGUGACAAAUUUAGUGGCCAUCCCAAAGGGUUUGCAUAUAUAGAGUUCUCAGACAAAGAGUCAGUGAGGACUUCCUUGGCUAUAGAUGAGUCCCUAUUUAGAGGAAGACAAAUCAAGGUGAUCCCAAAACAAACCAACAGACCAGGCAUCAGCACAACAGACUGGAGUUUCCCGCGAGCCUGAUACCGUGCCCAGACCACCAACUACAACAGUUCCCGCUCUCGAUUCUACAGUGGUUUUAACAACAGGCCCUGGGGUCAUGUCUACAGGGGCCGGGCUAGAGCGACAUCAUGGUAUUCCCCUUACUAAAAAAAAGUGUGUAUUAGGAGGAGAGAGAGGAAAA